GCACACCCCGGAAGCAUGACUAUUUUACUGCUCCUGUUCCUCUUCACGCCCGGACAGAUUUAUGUUCUUUCGGUCUCCACAAACAAAACAAACACGAAAUCAUAGUCCCACAAAGGAUUUAAAAAAGUACAUUGAAAAAAUGAGUGCAUUUUAUCGGCGAAAGAUCCAACUGAACGCGGUCGUCCUGGUGUUGACACUCUGCGCUGUUCGCUGCUGUCAUGCGCUCAACUUGGAUGUGAGUUUUCCAGUCGUCAAAGAGGGAAAAACUGCAGGCAGUUUAUUUGGAUUUUCUGUUUCACUGCACAAACAGGUCGUUGGAAAACAGAGAUACCUACUUCUUGUAGGAGCACCUAAGGAGAAGGCGGAGUCUGGCCUGCCUGCCAAUGAGACUGGAGAUAUGUAUGCCUGUCCAAUCACAGCAGAUCCCAAUGACUGUACAAGACUGAACCUUGUUAAAUCAAAUCCUGAUGAUAUGCCAAACCCAAACAUUGAGGUAAUAGAGGGAAUGUGGCUAGGUGUGUCUGUUGCCAGUCAGAGUCAUCCAGGUGGUCGUGUACUGGCCUGUGGUCAUCGCUACAUCCGGAACAUGUCAUCCAACUUCCGCAUGAUUGGAAAGUGCUUCAUUCGUGGAAACGAUUUAACGUAUAACAAGGAUGACCAUCAAUGGCAGUCACAUGAUGAGGUGUGUGACCCCAGUGGAAAUAGAAACUAUGAGGGCAUGUGUCUUGCUGGAAUGUCUUCUGCCUUCACUCAGACUGAUGUCAUCCUAGGUGCUCCCGGUUGCUACAACUGGCAAGGGAAUGCAUUUUAUAAGUCGCAUGAUCCUGCAGAUGAAUGGUAUACACUGAAAAGCAAGUUCCCAGAUUCAGGGGAUAAAGGGAACAUUUAUAUUGGUUACUCAGUAGCAUUGGAUCAUGGGAUAUUAAGCACUGAGGAAUACACAGUGGUAACUGGAGCCCCACGACAUGAAGCCAAUGGAUCAGUGAUAAUAGCUACAUCUUUAAAAACCAGUAGCUUGGAAGGAAAACUCCAAGUCAAUAUUAUUCUCAUGGGGGAGCAAACUGGAUCCUAUUUUGGUAACAGUAUUGCUGUGGUCGAUCUUAACAAUGACGGCUGGAAGGAUCUGAUCGUUGGAGCACCCUUUUAUUUUGAGCGGAGUAAACAUGAAGGUGGGGCGGUGUAUAUCUAUAUGAACAAGAAUGGAGCUUUUUCCCAAAAAGCCGAUCUGGUCCUCCAUGGGUCUAAAGACUCUGCCUUUGGCAUGGCUGUUGUUGCUAUCGGUGAUGUUAACCAGGACGGUUUCCAAGAUUUUGCUGUUGGGGCUCCAUAUCAUGAGUCAGGCAUGGUGUCUGUAUGGAUGGGUAACAAAAAUGGCAUAUCACACACGGCUAGUCAGGUCAUUGAGGGGAAAGAUAUUCCAGGUGCUGGAUUCCAAACAUUUGGUUAUUCCAUCAAUGGUGGCUUGGAUGUGGACAGCAACAGUUACCCUGAUGUAUUGGUUGGAUCCUUAGAUGACCGUGUGGUUCUGCUUAGGGCCCGUCCUGUGAUUCACCUAAAGAAGACUUUUACUGUGACGCCAGAAGUUAUUGACCCCAAUGAUUGUGAUUUCUGUAUAAAGGCAACAAUCUGUCUCUCCUACACACUAAGCACUGGCAGUACCAGUUCCCAGAAGAGUAUUACUUUUAACUAUACAGUAGUUGCUGAUCAUCAUCGGAGUCCUCGUGUUCGUUUCCGUGACAACAAUGUGGGCAUUUUCUCUGUUAAUCCGUCUGGUGAAUGUCAUUCUCUGAUUCUCGAGCUUGUGUCCAAGACCAUUCAAGACAAAGUGGCUCCGAUAGUUUUUUUGCUGAACUUGAAUUUGGUGGAACCUCCUCGGUCAGCCGGAGCGGAGGUGGAGGAUCUCAGUGCUUUUCCUGUGAUCAGCCAGAAGGAAGUCCUGACAGGCAGGACUGAGAUUCACAUUCAGAAAGCCUGUGGACCGGAUAACAAAUGCGAGAGCAACCUUCAAAUGACGGCUGUGUACACAGACGAGCAGAACAGACCGUUUCCCACGCAGGAUGGCCAGCAGAUUUUCUUCUACACGGCCGAAGUGAAGAAGCUGAGGUUGAUGGUAAUUGUAACCAACUUUCCAUCGGAGGACAGGAGAGCAGAAAAUGCUUACAGUGCUGUUUUAAAUGUCACGAUUCCCACCUCACUCAGCUUCUCUAGUCUGAGCCCCAAGGACUUGAGUGUUGAGUUAUCUCCUGAUGGGCCUUUUCUUCUGUGUACACUUGGAGAUCCUUUCAAAAGCAGUCAGAAGGUCGAUAUUGAGAUCACCUUCGAAACGACGGGAAUCGCGAUAGAUAUGCCGGAGAUUCAGACCGAGCUGCAACUCUCAACGCGGAGUGAUCAAAAUGAUCUACAGCCCCUGUCGAGAGUGCUGAUGGUGGAGUACAUCCUCCGGCCUACCUUUCGUGUAUCCCCCCCCGAGUUUAGGACAGAAGUCAGUGGCAAAGUCGUGGGGGAAUCAGCUAUGAAAUCCACCAGCGAUAUGGGAAGCCCAGUGGAAUUCAACUUCACGGUGGUGCUUUCAGGAAAACCUCUUUCAGGAAAUCUUGGCCAUCUAGAAAUUGUCUUUCAGUGGCCUUAUGCAGAGGCCAAUGAGAAGUGGCUACUUUACCUGUCAGAGAUCCAGAUGACGGGAACAUCUCAACCCUUUUGUGUCCCUGCAGGAAACAUCAUAAACCCUCUCAAUAAAACAGUGUCGGAGCACAAGUCUGGAAGGAAGAAGAGAGACGAGACCUCCAUUGAAUCUGACCUAUCAGAGCCACAGGCCUCUCUUAUCCCACGGGGGAGCUUCCACAGGAAAACUGUCAACCUGGAUUGUACCACAGGUACUGCACUCUGUCAAACCUUUACCUGCCCCCUGCUAGACAUGAACACCUCAGCCACACUCACUGUCAGAGCACACUUAUGGAACAGCACCAUGCUUGAGGACUAUCCUGCUGCAAUUGUUUAUGUAGUCGGUAAUGCCACUUUGAGUUUAAAAACAGACAAAGCCACCAUCAAGAUGAUCAACAACACCCUUGAGUUCAAAGUACUUAUAGAUCCUGCACUGACUGAAGAACUGGCAUAUGAAGCUCCUAUGUGGAUUAUCAUUGUGUCUGUGCUGGCAGGAGUGAUCCUGCUGGGUCUGAUUGUCAUUCUCUUAUGGAAGUGUGGUUUCUUCAAGAGGGCCAACACCAGAGAGCUUUAUGAGGCCAAGGCCCAGAAAGCAGAGAUGAAAACUCAGCCAUCAGAAAAUGACCGGCUUACAGAGGACGACUGAGAUUUGUCGCCCUUACUGGGCCUCUGUCACAACUCGCAAAGUUUAGUGGAUUUUUUAAGCGCCCUGCCAAUUUCCACACAUUGCAAAAACACCACGCAGUGAAGAUUAGUAAGACGGAACAGUACCAGGUAAAUGAGGGCUUUUUGAUCAUUGACACCACGAAGAAACGCUGGGUCACAAGCUGGACGGACAACAAACAGUACUACUGAUGAAAGUGCUGUGAUACUGUCUCUCGCAGACAGAAGACUUUAGAGAACGUUUUGUUUUAACUCUGUUUGAUAUGACAUGAACUUUGUCUGGAUCCCAGAUACCAUUAACCCAAAGGAAGUUGCGUGGAUGCAAAUGGUUCUUCAUUUCGUUACGGUUUCUUAAAGUGACAGUUAAACCAAAAAUGAAAAUUCUGUCAUCAUUUACUUACACUCUCAUCAAUUCUGUAUGGCUUUCUUUCUCCUGUAGAACACAAAAGAAGAUAUUUUGAAGAAUGUCGCGGUACUCCUUAACUUGCAUUGGUUUUGUGCCAUAUAAUAGACUUGACUCGGUACCAGCGCUGUUCGGUUACCAACUUUCUUCAAAAUCUUCUUUUGUGUUCUACAGAAGACAGACAGUCAUACAGCUUUGAAAUGACAAGAGUGUGAGUAAAUGGCAGACUUUUCAUUUUUUGGUGAACUAUCACUUUAACUGAAGACAUAUCAGUGUAUGUUGUGCAUUUGAUUUUCUUUCAUUUGCCUUAAACUCUGUGAGGAUUUGUUCAUUUUGUGCUCUAAGUGUUGUAUUUUCUCAUGAGACUUUCUACAAAAACUGUUCUGGCCAUUUAUGACUCAUUCUCUCAUUCCUCUGAUUGUUUCUUGGUUUAUGUAUUUUAAUGGAUUCCAUCAGCCAUUAGGUGGAUUUUUAUCAGGUCGUGAAACACCGAUGGCUUCAAAAAGUCCUCAUUUUUGCUAACAGCAAACUAACAAACAGAUAGUGCUCCAAUUGUGAAUGCUAAUCGUGAACAGAAAACAAACAAACAUAUUCAUAGCGUAUGCAGUUGGGACCUCCUCUCAAACACGUCUCGUUUCAGCUUCAUUCUGAUUUCCACUGGGCUUUACAUUGUUCUCUACUUCUUCUCUUUUUUCACAGAAUUUUGCACUCAAGGUUUAUAUAUUGCAGGCUUUUUAUAUACAUGUGUGAUGAAAACGUAUUUGCCCAAAUAGUAACAUUGUUGCGACCUGUCCUGACUUUGUGGAUGUUUUACGCAGUGAUUAAUUUUUGUAUUUAAAACUAAAUGUGUUAUCAAUUAAGUGGCUGUUUACACGCCUGCCAUGUGUUUUAAGUGCUCCCAUUGUCAAUAAACUGUAAAGACAGCUUAGUGCUCAAAGCAUAUGAUCUCUCUAAUAAUAAAUGUACGUAUUGUGAUGUUCUCA